AGUAAACCAUUAAUGUGUUUCAUCCAUUUAGCCAUUCCUUUUUCAAUUAACUUAAUUCAUCUUUAAUGUGACAUAAUUGAUGGAGUGAUAUAAGAAGGUUUCUUUGUUAAUUGAUUAUUCUCUUCCGCUUACAGGGGAUAGCGCUAAGGUAAUUAACAUCAAAAUUCAAUAUUUCUAUUACUUGAAUUCUCUUGCUUUAUAAUUUCUUUCAAUGUAUUAUUUUGUGUUUUGACUUGGAUAUAAAACAUAAUGUGAAGGUAUAUUUUAAACUUAUUUUACCGAGUUUUUUUAUUUGGAUUGCAGAAUAAGUGCUUUGAUGAACUAAUAGGUGUUUGAAUUUUGUGUUUACUUUGCUCUGCAUAGGGCUCCUUCAGUUUUUUGUAUUCUUUUACUUCGCUCAGUAAUUAUUCUAUUUUCAAGAUAAGAAUACAAGCUGCAUCUGCAUUGGCUACCCUACCAACAAUAGUGGGUGAAUCAGUAAUAACAAAACUAUUGAGAUAAGUUUUAAAGCUUAUUGAGAAAUAUUGAUUGUGUUUCUAUAAAUACUUUACCGUUUAAUUUUGUAAAAAACCUUCAUAUUUAAUUUUCAGAUAUGGAUCCAAUGAACAACAGUCUUUCAUUUUUAAAUCUUAUUCAGGAAGAUGACCAGAUAUUUUUGCAAAUACCUAAUGACUUUGCUUCAAUGAUUUGGGGAGACCAACCACCUUACAAAGAUUCAGUUAAGAUUGUUGAUGGCAACAAGUUAUGGUUUGUAAGACUGAAAAAAACUGAUGUUGGCCAUGUUCUUGCUGAUGGCUUCACCAAAGUUGUUCGGGAUAGUUGUAUAAGAAAAAACAACUAUCUUAUGUUUCAGUCAUUUGGACAAUCAUCAUUCUUUCUAAUGGUGUUUAAAUCAUUUGUUCAUCAAUACUGCUUUAUAUCCAAAAUCACACCUGACAAAGACGUUAUUGUCAUGGCUGAUGAAUUUUGGAGGCAAUUUUAUUGGAAAAAUUUCAAAGGUGGUCAAUCAACUCUUUAUUUAGGAGAUAGAUUUUGGAACGUUAAGAUGGACGGAUUAACUGACAGCUUUGUUUUUACUCAUGGAUGUUCUAAGAUGGUAAACGAUCUUGCCUUAGACAGCCGAUCUAUCUUUGUCUUUUCAAUGGUUGGAAAUAAAAUUUUCGAGCUUUCAGUCUUUAAUCAUCAAACCAGUACUCAAAUUCAGAACAACAAGGUUGAGUUAGUUGUUUUGGAUGACUCCAUCUAUGGUGAUGAUGGUGGUGAUUUGGUUAUUGCGUCCGAACAUAAGGAGAAGUGUAGUACUGCCGAAACUGACUUUCAGGAAAGUGUUGUUGUGGAAUGUGAAGACGACAAAUUUCAGUUGGCAAGUUUUGAGUCUGUGUUCAAUGAUAUUGAUGAUUCGAAGUUUGAUAACUUUUUCUCAUCUCUACUUGAAAUGGAAGACCUUAAGAAGAAGGACAAAAGCAACUUUGAGAUGGACCUGGACAAAUUUUUGAUACCGAAGAAUAACUCCCAUGUUGAUCCUACACGAAAAACAAAUAUUUUUAUUUCUGAACCGAGUCUGUCCUCCAUAGUUGUUUCUGAUUUGAGUAUUUCUGAUUCGAUAUUUUGUUCGAAUUAUGAUAAUUACUUAUGUAUUUAUUUACCUGUUUUAGACCAUUCCGAAAUAUAAAGUUGAUGUUGGUCAAAUUGUUUUGCCGAUAAAGAGGAAGGCCACUCAGAAAUGUAAAGCAGUUAUGUUGGUGUCCGAUGAGUCUCUUAUCGCUCAUCGUACACGUUCAAAGUUUAGAAAAAAAAAAUGAAUUUGUGGUUGUUGAUAAGUUUCUGUUAGCCGUAAACGUUCUACAUUGAAAAGGUCGAAAACAAUUUCAAUCAUUGAGUUCACCAAAGUCGCCGAGAACAGAAUGCGUUUACCGUCUGCUAUUUCCGAUGAGUUGUCUCUUUCUUUUCACAACCUCCGUGAUGUUUCAAUCCAAAACAUUAGAUGUGAGGUAACAAACAUGAAGACGAUAGCGGAAAAGAAUGGAGAUGGUUACAGGUAUGGUUUUUCCAAGUGGUCGGCUUUCUUGAAAUCAAAUCAAAUACACAUGGCGCUACUCUUUUCUUUAAAUAUGUCAAGUCUUCACAGCUUUUGAUUUUGACCAAAUUUGUACACAAGACGACAAAGAAAAGAGGCCGUCCGUGACUGUUUGCAUUUGUGGUUGUUAGUUGGUUUUGUAUAUGUUUUCGUGAACUGGUAGUUAUUAGUUGAUGGUGGGUUUACAGUUGUUUGCAUAGUUUCUACUUGAUCUUCGUAUGGCCCAAGUUGGAUGUCAGUUAUGUUUUCUGUUUGGACAAUUAGUACUUAAACAUGCCCUCUUUUGUAAGAAAGUUUACAAGUUAAUUUUUGUUUUA